ACAAGGCAGAAUUUGAAAUACCUGUCGCAAAUCCAACGCCGAUCCAAUCCGAUCCAGUCCGCCGUCAGCUGUUAUGGCACCUUUCAUCGCGGUGUCGGACUCGCCCAGCAGGUGUGUUUACUACAUCUCGUGAUUUUCGUCGAUCGCGUUAGCCGCCGCACGCAGUAUCGGCGAAAAGGACUUCGACGAUGCCCGAACGUCAGCGUAGCGUCACAGGCUGGCGCGCGACGCACGUAGUCGCCUACCUGUUGGCGAUGGGGACCUCCAUCGCUGCUCUCGUGUGCUAUCGCAAAAUGAACGCCAGGCUUCACACCACGGUGGACAAGUGCCUGCUGUUCACGAAACCCUGGAUAGACGUGGACUCGUCUACGGGCAAGUGCCAGAUCGACUACACCCGCAUCGAGUGGAGCAGCGACAAGCUGUGCAACUACGUCACCUUCGCUCUGCUCGCCUCCUUCGUGUACAGCAUCGUCGCCGUGUGGUUUUUCGUCAUGUGCGCGCCCAGCCGCGGAUCGCAGCUGCAUGACAGCGAAACUUACGCAGUAAAUGGCCACACGAUGCUGAGCAUCGUGCACGUGUGGAAGAUAGUGGCACCGGCGUCGUUGCUGAGCGGCGUGAUGGCCCUCAUCACCCUCGUCAUGGCCUGGAAGGUCACCAACGGCAUGAACAUCUUCUUCCACGACCUCAACAUGGGCGUGCAGAGAAAUUGCAGCACCAGCAGCAUGAUAGGCUGGAAAGACAACACAGUGGCCUUGCUUCUUGCCGACCGUGUACCAACAAAGAUCUUUGUGUGGCUCGUGUUUUUCUGUUGGAUGUUUGCGACGAUGGCACUCGUGAUACGAUGCGCCACGGCUGCCGACUUCAGCGAGAACAAGCGGGAUGUGACUGUUGCGGCCUCCUCUGGUACAUUGGAGCAGGACAGCACCGAAAAGAAGCUCUUGCAAAGUUCGCGGAGUUCCAGUAUGAACCUAUUUGCGAUGAAGCCACGAGCAGCUCCACUUGCCAAACCUCCCUUGACGGAUCAAGCUCACAGCACACCUAGCCAGGACCAGCCUUACGAAGGCUUGUACCAGACAUCCUCGCUCUGAAUCCUGACUGCCUGACUGAAUCCUGACUGGACGACGUCCAAUCGGACUGGUCUCAUCGUCCACGUCGGGCGUGCACCGGUGUUCUAGUCUACUUAUUGCACGCGGCCUUGUUCCUAAUGGACAACACAAUGUUGUAUUCUGUAUGUAUAUUCUUAUUUUCAUUGUUGAAGUGACGAUGUAAUGCGUUAACUAUCCCGUGGACUGUCCCUUUUUGACGCAUAUCGAGCUACCAUGAAAGUUAUGGUAAAAUCUAUAAACCCGAAUCGUAACAUUAACGAAUGUUUGUAAGAGCAUCUUUUCAGUGUUCUUUGUUUCAGUUCUCUGUUCAAACAUUCUGCAAAACUUACACUGCUAGCACUGGGUUAGUGGCUAGGUGCUCAGUUUUGUUAGCCUUCCAGUGACCUUUAUAUUGAAAGAAAAGCUGCAAUACACUAUUUCAAGGAACAUGAAGGAACCUAAGAAACCUGCUAGCAAGUGAGUGAAUUUAGCGAAGUUUUUCUCCAAAACUGUUCUGAUGUUCCAUCUCAAUCACCUCUCUUUGUAAUGCAUUCAUUUAUAUAGUCUUCACUGGUGCUCAAUCGUAGAGAUUAUUGCUGAAAUCAGCAGGCAAGUGUUCCAAGGUAUUUGCAUCUGGGGUGCAGUACAGAAGUCCGCAAUAAUACAUCUCCAUAAAGUAUUUGUCGUUGUUGAUGUAAAAUUUAGUCAAGUUUAAGUGAUGCUUUACUCAUUCACUAAUGAUCUGUUGAAGAAAUGUUCGAAACCUGUUUAGAAUGAUUUUAAUCACAUUUAAAGUGCCCUUCAACUACCGUUCCUUGCGUUCGUUGACACAUUUCUGACUGAUUUGGCAGAUGUUAGGGUGUUCGGGUCUAUGUGAGAUCCUGACUGACUGGCUGUUUUAUGCAAGCAGUGCCUUUGGUUGCUCAAAGACAAUGUUCUGAUUACUUCUAGAUUAUUUUGACCUGCUAUUACUGGCUCAUACUAGAUCACUUGCAUAGCUGUGUUCUUUUCCAUAGCUGGUAUCACUAUUGGUAACACAGACCAUUACUUUUGUAAUAAUGCAACUUGACAUUAUAACGCUCAUGUUCCUUAUGACAAAAGCUAUCAUACUGCAUGGAGAAAAUUUCGAGAUGUGAUCGCUGUGAAGAAUAAUUGAGCAGUAAACAGUUUGUCAUCAUUUUUUUAAAUGUUGUCUGUUUUGUCCACGUAAAAAAAGACUUCAAAAACACUGUGCAUAUGGAAAAGCAUGUCCAAUAUGCAUUUGUGAUGUAUGCAAAGAGACUAAUUUUGCUAUCAAGGCUGAUAGACAGAAAAAUAAAUUCUCCGGUGUUCAGUGCCUUCGUUUUUCAUUAUUAGAAUUACCGCACAUUUUUCUUUUCAACAAAAACAGGCACCACGUUUCACCUAGUGUGUAAGUUCUGUUUGCAUUUGGUCUGACUGGAUAGUUUGUUAUUAUUAUGGCAGCUUUCACAACCUAUGAGAAAUUUAAGUUACCUACUUUAGACUGAAACACGAGGUACACGCUAGUUACUUAAGCAAAGGAUGACUUAAGUCUUUUGAACAAGCUUUUUAACGUGGCUACAGGGUUGAGCCAAAGUGUGUACAGAGCAGUUUCUUCAUGUCAUUUCGUUUUAUUCAUAUGGUGCCCAUUACAAGUAAGCAUGUGUCGUUUCUAAUUUGUAAACAUUUGAGAUUGAGGUGACAGUCAUUGAGGUGGAGCUGUGUGUUUAUUGCGUGAAGUGUUUAGCUUGGAUCAUUGUCCCUGAGCAUUGCUGUAUACAAAAGUUUAAAUGAAGCUUUCGCCACUGGAGCUAUCGCUGAUCUGAAAUCAAGCGAGUAAUGUGUCAUGAUGGAAUGAUAACUUGGCCAUUUCGUGGGUCAUAAUUUUCAGGUUGGAAACUAGGAAACAUGGUGUGGUGUUUCAUUUGAAGUAAAGUGAGAAGUUAGCCUAACUAACCAUGCUUAAUAUUAUUACUACACAUUGGAGCAGGAGGAACAGGGAACAUAAUGAUGUGAUUAAGAACAAUGCUGUUAUACGAAAAAGAUGCACAGUUGGAUGAAAAUUGGUGUGAGCAAACACUUGAGAGGUGGGGGAUUAAAAAACGCACAUCUCAUAGCUCUCUCAAAUCCAUGUUUGUGAUUCUUGCACACUUUUUCUCUGAGAUAGCAUGUCCUAGCAUCAGUUAACUUCAGGAAAUUGGUGCAUGUCCUGGGGAACAACUGCACAAGAGCUGUGUAGCGGCACUGACUGAGAGUUUUGUCUGUUAUGAAUGUAAAAUGUAUUUUGCUUAACAACUUCACACCAGAGUACUAGUUUGAGUCAAUAAAAGCAAGUUAUUUAUUGUCUACCAUAGCUUUGACGAGCUUGAAUGUGGUACCUGGGCUGUGGUACAUGGGCUUUGGUACUCGCUGAACAUCUGUGUCCUUAGUUGCUUGACAGGGUAGGCUGUUUUUGUAUGAAGGGAUGGGACUAUUGUAUAUUGUGCCGUGCAAAACUUCAUAACAUAGUCAAGCAAAAUGUUGCUCACAUUCAAAGUAAGCUGUCUUUUUUGUACAUUGCAUGAAAUGCAAUAAUUACCAUUCGUUGAAUACAUAAGUAAUCUUUUCAUAUAGUGUCUUCAUGUUCAUAUGCCUCAAUUUUUUUCUCUGUCUCUUGUAAUCAUCUCAUCUUUCAUGUCUCUGCAAUGUUGAGAAGAUGGUUAGUUAUGCAGUGAUAGUAGUGCCUUGUUUACCACAACUUGUGUGUAGUAAUGCUCUUACCUUGUCGUAGUUGUAUUGUCUAGUAUUGCGUGUACUGUGUGGUACUUUUUUGUUAGCUUUUUGUUUUGUUUGCCUGCUAAUAGAGAGUGAGGUAUCAUUGAAAUCCAGAAUGGAACUUCCAUCAUUGCUGGCAAUGUAGUUCUAUUAGUUGAGGGAGGAUUUAAAGAAACAAGUUCUUCUUUUUCACUUGAAAUUUCUGUGUUAGUAAUGCAGAUAAGUAAAAUCUUGCAAACUGUUCAUUCCUUGCAUUGCACUCUUCAAUUUUUUGUGCUGUUUCUCUUAUGCUGAAUUUCGUGCUAGCCCAGUGACAUGAGACUUGGCAAACUGCAGAAUAAUUACCCAGUUAAAUCUAUUGACUUCUAUUUCAGUGUAGCUUUACCAAAGCUCAUAUCUUUGCUGACACAUGGUUGAAUUAAUGUGCCUUGACAAUUGACCUGUUACUGGAGCGCCUCGUCUCAAAACUUCUCAAAAGGCUCAGAAGUUCUCAAAAGGCUCAUUAGGCAUGUAGAAGUGACUUUAAAUGUGGAAUCAAAAGAGUUCCACAGUUUUUCCCUAGUGUAUGCAUGUAUGCUUAGAUUUCAAGAGCUUCCAAAAAUAUUCAUGGAAGUUUGUUGCUUUUCUGAACUUUUCUUUUGGGCAGGUGUGAAAAUAUUGCCACAGACUAGUGUUGUGGCAAGUAGCAAGGUAAGAAUGCAGUAGUACAAAGGCUCCAGUGCUGGGUAUCAUAUAUAUUACGUGCUCUGUACUUAACUGCAAACAUGGGGUCAUUCUCAUGAAGUGAGGAGUUUUGAAAAUUUUACAUGUGGCUUUUUUGAAAGCAGUGUACAAGCACAAGAUAUAUCGUGCAAAAAUACGCCGAGGAAGCUACCUCAGUGUGGCACUAUUCACCUAAAUGGUUAAUUAACGAAUGUUUUCAAGAUGCUGGAGGGCAUGAAAAUUUCUGAAAAGUUGAUCACCAUGUCUACUUUGUCUCUCAUGGUGCGCUGUGUCAUGGUAGUUUAGCUCACUGCAGCUCACAACUGUUAUGCUCACUCUAUGCCCUUGAGGAUGACAACGAGGUUUAUGUAGCCAGGCUCACAUUUCUCGCUCACUUUUUUUCUUCGUUACUUCUCCGCUGAGCACAGACCUUUCCUGCUCAUGCUUAACUACCUAGACCAGAUGUCUUGCACAAUUGUAGCAGAAACUAUGCCAUGAAAGGUGGCAUUUGUAUGUAAUUGUAGAAGUGUACAGAAAGAAAUGUACAGAUACUACAUGAGAUAUCAGAAGUUUUAAAAAUUUUCUUCCUAGCAUUUGUUGCACAAAUGUGUUCUUGAUCUAGCACUCCCUCUACUACAUUUAAGAGCACACACCCAGUCUCACGCUAUUACAGAAAUAUUGUAGACUUUUAUAGAGAGUGUGUCGUAACCAAUGUCAUAAUUUAUUAUUCACAGCUAACAUUGUUUCAGGCUUAACAGUGUAUCAUAAGCCUAAGCUCUUUGCUAAUCUAUGCUGUGCCUAAUCCGAACCAACUCAGCUAACCAUCUGUUUUAGCCUAAUCUGUGUUCAGUAGAUGUUGCAUGGACCAGACUUCACGUGUUUUGAAAAUAUCUCUGCGCAGCUCAGGGGCCAUUGGUUCAGGCAUAAUUGAUGUACAAAACAGGCGUUAUCACGAGAGGUUUUUGUUGCCUUCUACUGGUACAGCUCACGGUAUAUAACUUUUUUCUCGAGCUGCCACAGCGAAAGACUUGUGCCGCUGUCAAAAUCUGAUUGAGAAUCGCUGUGUAUCCUUCAGUGCUCAUAGGGAUGCUCAUUUCUUAGUACCGCAGAAGUGAAAACGGAUGAGAAUAA